CAAUGGGCGCCGCCCCCCUCGCCCCGCCCCCCCCGCGCUCUUAAGCCGCUCCAAUGCCCCCGCGCCGGCCGCGCGCCACCGCUCUGCCGCCCCGCGCCCAGCUCCGCGCCGCCCGGCCCCGCCAUGGAGACCGGCAGCAAGAUGACAGCUCGCCUGAUGCUGGCUGUGGGAGGAGCAGUGCUGGGUUCCCUGCAGUUUGGCUACAACACUGGUGUCAUCAAUGCCCCGCAAAAGGUGAUUGAAGACUUUUACAACCGUACCUGGUUAUACCGAUAUGAUGAGCCCAUCAGCCCUGGCACCCUUACCACGCUGUGGUCCCUCUCUGUUGCCAUCUUCUCUGUCGGAGGAAUGAUUGGAUCCUUUUCCGUGGGACUCUUUGUCAAUCGCUUUGGCCGGCGCAACUCCAUGCUGAUGUCUAACGUGCUCGCCUUCCUGGCUGCUGUCCUCAUGGGCUUCUCCAAGAUGGCUUUCUCCUUUGAGAUGCUCAUUCUCGGCCGCUUCAUCAUCGGCCUGUACUCUGGCCUCACCACCGGCUUCGUGCCCAUGUAUGUGGGUGAGGUGUCACCGACUGCACUGCGGGGUGCACUGGGGACUUUCCACCAGCUUGGCAUCGUCUUGGGCAUUCUCAUUGCACAAGUGUUUGGUUUGGACUUGAUCAUGGGAAACGACUCACUCUGGCCACUGCUCCUGGGGUUCAUCUUUGUCCCUGCGCUGCUGCAGUGCGCCAUCCUGCCCUUUGCCCCCGAGAGCCCCCGCUUCCUGCUGAUCAACCGCAAUGAGGAGAACAAAGCCAAGAGUGUCCUCAAGAAGCUCCGGGGCACAACAGAUGUCAGCAGCGACCUCCAGGAGAUGAAGGAGGAGAGCCGGCAAAUGAUGAGAGAGAAGAAGGUCACUAUAAUGGAGCUCUUCCGUUCCCCCAUGUAUCGCCAGCCCAUCCUCAUUGCAAUUGUGCUGCAGCUGUCCCAGCAGCUCUCGGGGAUCAAUGCGGUUUUCUACUACUCCACCAGCAUCUUUGAGAAGUCAGGUGUGGAGCAGCCUGUCUAUGCCACCAUUGGCUCUGGGGUGGUGAACACAGCUUUUACAGUUGUUUCGCUCUUCGUGGUGGAGCGAGCCGGACGUAGGACCCUUCACCUCAUCGGCCUGGCGGGGAUGGCAGGGUGUGCAGUGCUCAUGACCAUUGCUCUGACGCUGCUGGACCAAAUGCCCUGGAUGUCCUACCUCAGCAUUGUUGCCAUCUUUGGGUUUGUGGCCUUCUUUGAGAUUGGUCCAGGUCCCAUCCCCUGGUUUAUCGUGGCAGAACUGUUCAGCCAAGGCCCUCGCCCUGCUGCCUUUGCUGUUGCUGGGCUGUCUAACUGGACCUCGAACUUCAUUGUGGGCAUGGGCUUCCAGUACAUCGCGCAACUCUGCGGCUCCUACGUCUUCAUCAUCUUCACAGUGCUGCUAGUCCUCUUCUUCAUCUUCACCUACUUCAAGGUGCCAGAGACAAAAGGCCGGACCUUCGAUGAGAUCGCCUCCGGCUUCCGUCAGGGAGGUGCAAGCCAGAGCGACAAGACCCCGGAUGAGUUUCACAGCUUGGGUGCUGAUUCCCAGGUCUAACCAGCCUGCGGCACAUCCCGUCUCCUCCGAGCCUCCCAACUUCUCUCCUGAGUGUUUUUAAUGCUUGUACAGAAACCAGGAAGGAGGGAGCAGGGGGUCUGGCUCUUCUGCAUACGCUCCUUCUCCAGACUCCCCCACUGGCCGCCUGGUUCAUCAGUGACAGACUGACAUAUUUUUGCUAGGAACGAUUUUAGCUGGUUUCAUGUCCAGGAUUUCAAAGCUGAUAGAUGCAGAAGCAAUGACUAAUAUUUUAAAACCAACCAAGCAGCGUCGUCCAGCCUCCGUGAGCAGGAGGGUGGCUCCCUUUUUAAUGAAGUGAUAGGUUAUUUAAUGAGAAAUCACAUAGUGGAAGGUUUUUAAAGCUGGAAACUUUUUUUAACAUUCUAAUCAUAGAGAAAAACAUGUAAUUUGACUAAGUCUAAAACAAAUUUCUUUUUUUAAAAAGUUUUUUAAAACAGUCUAAGAUUUCAACCCCCUGCAGGUUUGUGGAUGGGGAUUCCCUGCCCUCUGGGAAUGCCUUGGGGCAGCACUGAGGAUGGAGAGGUCUCUGGGUGCAGUCCCGCUCCUCUGCGGGUGCCGGGCUUGAGCGUUUCCCGAGGAGGAGGUUGGAAAGGUCACUAGUACUGUAGCAGGUUGCAGAGCACCAUCUCCCUUUGCAGUCUCCAGCAGCAGCUCCUCGCCUUUCCAAGCGGAGGGCUCCAUUUCUGGCUGUGCAUGCUUCCUUGCCUGGAUUUCAGCUGUUCUCUUGCUGGCUGUGUGCUCGGGUGGGCUGAGAUGGGAGGGGAGAGGGGUCUCUUAGUUUAAUCUUGGCAAUAUUUGCCUGAUUGGUCAACGGUGGCACAAAGGGUCGGCAGAUGGGAGAGGGGAGAAUGCAGCAGAGCAAACCAGCAGCCCUGGCCUUCCCUAGCGUGACGGCAUCCCCGCCAAGUCGAAGCCCUGCGUUGGCAGGAGCGGCCGGCGGUCCCAUACUACAUCCAGCAAACCUGCCCAGCGCUACCACAUCAAGUCCCGGACUCACCGAAAUUCAUCACAUGGAUACAAACAUUUCCUGCUCUGUGUAUAGACUGGAAGAUAUUUAUAUUAUAUAUAUUUUUGUUCAAUGGUGUUAAUAGUAGACAUUAAGUUAUAGUGUUUCUGAUUGACAAGCAAAGUACUGUAAAUAUUCUUGGAGUAUAUUCACAUUGUAUAAUGUAUACAAAAGGUACAGAUAAAAAGGUAUAGUUUCUAUAGCAACUGUAAGGAAAGCUUGUACAUGGUUAGGAUGACUUUUGUAUAGUUAAUUACCUGCACUGUAGUUGUAUCUAUUGCACUGAAUUUUAGUCUUUAGUAUAUUAAAAGUAAGAAAUACCCUUCUUUUAAAACAAAACUUAAAAAAAAAAAAAAAAAAAAAGCAGCCCUUCUCCCCUGAGUGCAACUGUUGUAGGAGCUACUGGCACAGGUAGUUAUUUAAUAGUGUUUUUUUAUUUAUUUGUCUGUUUUGGAAGUGACUAUAAUAACCACACCUGAAAGUAAAUAAAAGGAAGUAAAAGAAAAAAAACAACCACAUGACAGAACUCAUCACACAUCUGUGCAGCAUACCAGAAACUGUGCACUUCUUUUUUUUUUCCCCAUAACAGAUGCAUAAAAAUAAGUGCCAAGAGAAAGGUGAAAGGCAUGUGGUGUGCUAACAAUAAAUGAGAAUGUAUGCAGCGAUCCAA